CUGCUUUUCCGGAUGUGUUAUUUAUAUCAACAACAAUUCUAUUAUCUCUUAAUUGCCAGCCUUUCACCAUUCCGCCGUCAAAUUUUGAUAGUCCAAAUGUCGUCCGCGUCUAAGCAGCCCGUCAACCUCGUAUUGGGUGUGGCGAACGUCGGAGAUUCAUCCGCAGAUCCCAUGGCACGCUACGACACACCCGACCAAGUGAACUCAUUCCUUGACGUUUUUGCUCGACGCGGGUACAACCAGCUUGAUACCUCGCGCAUGUACUCACCCCAAGCACCAACAAGCUCGGAGCCCAGACUCGGCGCAGCCAAUGCGGGCGAGCGCUUUACCAUUGACACCAAGGUCACGUCCAGAUCGCCGGGAUGUCACACCAAGGACAAUAUACUGAAGGAGAUUGACGAAUCUCUCAGAGCGCUGAAAAUCAAGCAGAUCAAUAUUGAGUACCUGCAUAUGCCCGACCGAACGACACCCUUCGGAGAAGCGUGUGAGGCCAUGAAUCAGGCGAUUGGGGAGGGUAAGAUCAAGAAAUGGGGUAUCUCAAACUACUCCGCUGCAGAGGUUCAGCGGUUUGUCGACAUCUGCCAAGAACGCGGCCUCGUCAAACCCAGUGUGUACCAGGGUCAUUAUAAUCCGCUCGUGCGAGGCGGAGAGAAGGACUUGUUUCCCGUCUUGCGCGAGAAUGGCAUCGCCUUCUACGGAUACAGCCCCGCCGCAGCUGGGUUCUUUGCCGGCAAUCAUAAAACGGUUAAAGCGGGUGGACGAUACGAUACAUCGAUUCCUGUGGGUAGCAUAUACGCAAAAUUCUAUGUCAAAGAAUCCAUCAUGACGGCGACGGAGAAGGCGAUUGAUGUCGCAUCCAAGCACGGAAUCGGCGGCCAUGCUGCGGCACUUCGGUGGACGGUAUAUCACAGCGUCCUCAGCAAGGAACACGAAGACUCAGUGAUCAUUGGAGCCUCGAGCCCUGAGCAGCUAGAGGCCAAUCUCGACAUGAUCAAACAAGGACCGCUUCCAGAGGAUGUGGUAUCUGCUCUCGAGGAGUUGCACGAGCAGAUUGUCGACAAAAUCCCGUACCACAUGUAGUCUACGGUGCUUUGAACUAUUGAGGUAGCUUCAUCCGGACUAGUAUCAACGGCUAAGCUCAAUGGAGUAGGAGUAGACCUUGGCAAUGCUGACUGCAUAUGUCAAAGCCGCCAACAUCACCGCUGACAAAUUUGAUGGUAGUGCUUAUUUAGAGUUGCCUAUUGAGUGUUCUACGACAGUUAUAUCUUUUGCUUUUUACG